CGGGUAUCUCGUUACGAUACAGCUGUUAUCCGUACCCAAGGUGUAUUCAUUUAUUUCCUGCCAGGAAGCUGCUGCUUCGCUUGAACUCUUUAAACCAGAGCUCUCUUUCAUCUUCUCCCAUUUAACAAUCGAGAUCCAGUCUCUCGUUGCUCUUCCCUUUUCCUGUUCUGCAUCCUCUCGUUCGCAGUUAGUGAUUCAAUUGCAUUCUGAUCCUAAAAUCCCCGGCGUCCACUAUGUCUCUGAUCCACGCGGACAACCUCUCUCCCCAGCCAUGGACCGACAUCUUUACAGAUGACACUUGUAUCGACCGGCGCAAGUGCCAUCGAACGGUGCCCAUGAAGGUCCUGGGCCUUGGUGUUGGACGAACUGGCACUGCUUCGCUGCGUCAGGCGCUGCAGAGGCUCGGAUAUGUCAACACCUACCACAUGAUGUGCGCCAGUGUUGAGAACCCUCCGGACUGCUUGAUGUGGCAUGAUGCUUUGGCCGCCAAGUACGAUGGAGUGGGCGAGUUUGGCAGAAAGGAAUGGGACCAGCUGCUUGGUGACUGCCAGGCGGUCUGUGACUGGCCUGCUUGCGCCUUUGCAAAGGAACUCAUCGAGGCCUACCCCAAUGCUAAGGUUAUUCUGACUACCAGAGAUGUGGACUCGUGGCAUGCAUCUGUGAUGAAGACUGUCUACUGGAGAGCCACUGAUCCUGAGCACCGGUUCGCCUCGCACAUCAGCUGGGCGGCUAGCAUGUACUAUCCCAUGCUGACCAAGUUUUUCGAAACCUUCUUCCGGGGUGACUUCCCCAACAAGGGCAAGCAGGUUUACCUGGACCACGUCGCUGAAGUGCGCAGCCUGGUGCCUCCCGAGAGACUGCUGGAGUACAACAUCAACGACGGAUGGGGCCCGCUCUGCGAGUUCCUCGGGGAGGAAGUGCCGGACACUCCCUUCCCUCGUGGAAACGACAUGAGCAACUUCUACACCCGAUGCCGCACCCGCAACCGCCGACAGAUGAUGAACGCCGCCCUGCAGGCUGUUGUCAACGGAACUGCUGUUCUGGCUGCCGGGGCCGCGGUGGCCUUUGCCUACAAGCGCUUCUUCCGUGCUUAAACCGCGUUUUCCCUGGAAUUUCUUAAUCAGUACUGCACUGUACACCAAUGAUGCGCAGGCGCCUCUUGAUUGGUCCGCAAAUUCGUUCGUUUGGAGAUAUGCGACUCGCUACUUCGGACGGCUUCACGUCGCGCAGCUUCCAGCUAUGCGGG